AAAAAAAAAAAAAGGUCCGUCUCGGAAAUCUGUUCGACGUUCAUUCCGCUGCCGUAAAGGCUUGUGGUGAAACAACAGUGUUUAGUUCCGCAGGUGUUGUAAAUCAGCUGAGCUUUAGCGAAACGAGACACACGGUGAAAGUUUUACAUUUCUAAGUAUUAUAUCUUUUUAAAGGGGCAACAAAUAUGAGGAGCUAGUGCUGACAAUGUACUAAAGUCAAGAAAGGAAGAGAACUAUACCGGCAUCAACAAGAAGCUCCUGACAGCGGGUACACGAGGAGGAAACUUCGCUGUUGAGCAGAACAGCCCGUCCUGAUGUGUUAAUAAUAAUGGACGCCGUUGUGAAAUUCGCAAGUCAAAGCCAAGGGAGAGAUCGUAUAUUCAGAGCUACCCAGUAUGCCUGUGCACUGUCAAUAUAUUUACUACGAAACAAGCCUGAUAGAAAGGACCUGGUGGCCAGACUUAAAAGUUUGGAAAAUAAUAUGAGUGCUGGACGAAAACUGCUCAGGCUAGGAAAUGCAGCCAAUUCCAUUGUGGCUGCUAAACAAACCAUGCAGCUCUCUGACCGCGUGCUGGGCCUGUGCCUCACAGUGGCCAACAUCAACCGGGCCCUCUACUUUAUCUGUGAUAAUGCAGUGUGGGCCAGAAAUGUGGGCCUCAUUCGCAGCAUCGACAAGGAACGCUGGAGCAUAAAUGCCUCUCGCUACUACCUCUUCUCAUUAGUGAUGAGUCUGACCCGAGACCUGUAUGUAAUUCUCCAGUUGAUGCAAAAGAAAGGGAGAGAUAACCGCUUCCAAAGCAGAAUGAACCAGCAUCUCAGUGACUGUCCUGAAGUAGCGGACGCUGUUAUUCCUGAGCUGGAUGCCCUUAUGUUCCUUCUUCUGGAGACUCUGAGAUCAGAACCGACUGUUGCCUUGGACACUGUGAAAAACAUCUGCGAUCUCUUCAUUCCUUUGGAUAGGCUGGGCAUUUACAAGUCAAGUGCAGGAGUUGUUGGAUUUUGUGGGCUGAUAUCUUCCCUGAUUGGCAUUUUAACCCUCGCACAACCCACUUUGAGGAUCAAACCCUGAUAAGGAGGGUGGAGUUUGACCAAAGGUUAAAACAGAUCGACGAUUUAAUUUUAAAUGACACAAGCUAGCAAUAACAGGCAAGAUAAUACAUUUCAAUGAUAAUUGUGUUGAGUGGUUUUGUAGCAGAAUCUGGAUUUACUGUAAGGCUUCCUGGCAAUAAUAUAAUUAGAGAUGCAUCAAUCGAGCAUUUCAUGUCAGAUAGCAACUUUAACUUUUUUCUGAAGUCUAACCUUCCAAUGGAGACUUUUUGUUCAUUUCAAAGAAGGUGAAUUAAGGAAUUGCAGGAUAAUUCUUUAACAUAUCAAAUCAUGUCCCUAACCUAUGUGUGAUUUAAUAUGUAGGAAGUACAAAGUACCUUCUACUGGUUGAUUGCUUACAGAUUAAAAUUUAGUGAAUGCUUAUUUGUGAUGCAUUUAAUGACCAGUAAAAAAAGUUCAGGUUUGACCGACAGUCAAGGGACAAUUUUAUUUUUCUGACCGACUAACUGGUGCAUCUCUAAAUAUAAUUAACAGCACUUGACUUUGUUGCAUUCCUGUUUUCUACACUACCAGCAGUUUCACACCUGAUAGUCUCCCAAGUAAUAUGAAACAACAAUUGUUUACAUUGCAGGGCUGUUCAUCUGCUUUCAAAAAUGUUUAAUAUUUUUAUUUGUGGAAUUGUUUGAAGAUUACUGGUCAUGUGGCCUUUUGACUAUUUCAUACUUUUGAACUAUAUUGGGUUUUAUACAUCACCUAACUAUGCAAGAUGUUUUGUCCAGACCAGGUAACAAUUUGUACCCGAAUUGAUGGCCUGUGAUUAAAAAUUGGUGCAUAGUGAGAAAAUAUUAACCAGCAGAAUAUUACUCAGUUAUUUGAUUUGAUCAGAGGUCAUAAACUUUUUUUCCUCAAAGAUCCACCACUAGAGAUCACUACCAGAGUUGCAGACAUUUUUGAAUUACGUAAACUUUUUAAAAGAUGCUUUAAAAUUUAAGGAAAAGGGAUGAUGAGCUAAUUCAUCUUCGCAUUUGAUCAGGAAUGUUUACCUUCUGAGAGAAGUGAACUAUUGUCCAAGUGUUGAUUGGAAUAGUUUGUUUGCCGGUACGAAAGGGAAGAAGGAGGAGAUGAAAUAAUGAGUGGGUACAUAAUGGGAGUACAAAUUGGGUGUUAUUGUUCAGGCCACUGCUUCUGCUGUGCUUAUUGUUUUGUGAUAAAAUGCUGCUAAUCUGAUAUGACUGAAGAGUGUUAGCGGCUUCUCUGCCAAAUGAGGGAAAACACUUAGAUUUUAAUGUGCUACUGAAACAAUCUGCUGGAGUUCAACAAUAAAUACUGUUGAUGAGGUUAACUCGAAGAAAAGCGAUACAGGAUGAAGAGGAAAAACUAAUCAUGGCCAUUUUAUCUGUUCAAGAAGAGUUUGCUCCAUGCAACAUGUUUGUCUUGUGUUUAAUCCUUUCAGAAGUAGUUACACUGCCCUCUUUAGGACAAAUGACAAAUUGUACAAUUGAAGAGCUUUUUAUUUUCAGUUUCACUCAGACGACAAUACAUUUGUUUUUGUAAAAGAUUAUUCUCAAGAGAUGUUGUAUUCAUCCAGAUAUUGCAAAAAUACAGUAUAUCCCAUUGUCUCUUUCACAAUGGUUUAGUUUGGCUGUGCAAAGAACGAAUGAGCGAUGCACAAAAAUAGUCCCUCAAAAAAUGUACAGACAUUAAAAGCAAUAAAUAAAUUUGUUCCAAGCAAAUAAAAUGCAAUAAUAUAUAGCUGACAAAAGGUUUUGUUUCACAUUUCCACUGGUGUGUUAUUGUUUCCAGUACCAGCAAUCUAUUAAAACACACCUUAAUGGAAAAAAUGUGGAAGCAGAUGAAGAUUAAAUUAAACUGAAACUUAGACUGUUGCUUCAAAGCACAUUUAAGCAGACCUGACUUUGAGUUGAUAUUCAAAUAUGUCUUUAAUCCAUAAGACCAAGUCUGUAUUACUGGAUAACUUUGAUCUAAUGUAUUAAAUAUGCGUUUGUGCAUUUAAAGAGGCAUCUUUUGAGAUUAUGUAAAAAUGGAACAAAGCACUUUUAAAAAGUGGCAACAGUGUCAAGCUAAAGAUUUGAAAUUACUGCUGGCAGUUUUUCUUUCCCCCAUAGGACAAUAACUGUAUGAUGAAUCUGCCUGCUCUCUGAGUGAAAAGGCACCUUCAGUAGUUAGCUCCUGCAACAGGUAAAUAAGAAAAAGAUACAUAGAAUUUUUUUUUUUUUUUCACAAAUGGUACACAUGUCCUGGUGAUACUGUCACAGGUUUACAGUUUUUUUUUUCCCUCGUGUAAUAUUACUUGUACUAUGUUAGAGGUACAUAUUUGUUAGCUUCUGAAAGAAAAUUGUUUUAAAAUGUAUUGCUUUCAGCAAACUAUGGUUUGAAGAGUCUCAUUGUUGCUCUAACCAUGUUCAAAUCUCAACCUUUAAGUAGAACACUGCCAAAUCCCAAUAAAUUUUGGAUAUGCUCUUAAA